GUCCAUUUCCCCUUUCACAGGCUGAGAGGAAGUCAAGUCAGAUAUAUAGAGCCAGGCCUGCCAGCUCUUUACACAGCAUCAUGACCAUGGGGCAGAACUGGAUACCAGACUCCUCUUGGUGGGUCCUCCUCCUGUGUUCCCACACUGUCACUGUCCUGGCCAGAGCCAUGCCUACAUCGCAGAACAUCACAGCUGCCAUUGCCUCAGCCAGGAUCUCAAAGGACCCCUGCCCUGCUUCACCCCUGGUGCUCCCUACAGCUGAGCGGUGCCCAGCACUGCAGGUGACCUGGCCAGAGGUGGAAGUGCCGCUGAAUGGAACGCUGACCUUGUCCUGUACGGCCUGCAGCCACUUCUCUCACUUCAGUGUCCUCUAUUGGCUGGGCAAUGGCUCCUUCAUAGAGCACCUCCCAGGUCGGCUGAGGGAGUGCAACAGCAGCCACAAGCGGGAGCGUGGCACACACACCUGGCUGUGGAAGGCCUUGGUGCUGGAGGAGAUGAGCCCUGCGCUGCGAAGCACCAACUUCUCCUGUGUAUUUGCAGACCCCAGACAGGUUGCCCAGAGUCACAUCCUCCUGGCCCAGCUCUGGGAUGGGCUGAAGACAAGCCUGCCCUCAACAAGCCCUGCCUCCCAGCCACAGCCCAGGGUCCCUGCUGCCCCCAUCAACAGGGCAGAGUCGGCUGGGCCAGCAACAGCAUGACCCCGGCCGGCCUGCCUGCCUGCCUGCCUGCCUGCCUGCAAGGGGACGUCUCUAACAGUAGCAGGCUGGGCAG